AUGAAUCUUAGCAUUUGUUUGGCACAGCUUACGGCCAUUGAAGAAAAUCAAAGCAAAAUGCAAUUGAAAGUAAAGGUGGUCGUACAUCAGCUCCAGGUUGAAUUUUUAUGGUUAAACUGUAGGGUUGAGUUGAUACAUGCCAAGAAAGUUUUAGAAGAUCUUGAAUCAUAUGCCUCAGAAAAGAGAUCGGUUGACAGCAAGAAACUUUCAAAAGAUAGAUUAUCAGGCAAAGCAGAUAUACAUAAAACUGCCAAUUGUUUGCACCCUCAGGUUAAAAAAAUCCUUCUAGAUUGUUUAAGGGAAAGAAAUCUCAUGCUUCCUGUUUGUGGGGAAGAGAAACGCUUUAAAAGUUGGUACACUAGGUAUUUGUUAUUUGCCAGUCCUGAUUCUUCUAGUCGACGUGAACUAAUUCAGAGAAUUGGAGAAGCACCAUCACCGGCCCAUACAGUUUCACCACCUAGUCAAGCUACAUUGAUUCCAACUGCUUCUAAUGCUCCAUUUCCUGCUAAUCCCCCAUGGCUUCCAUUUUUCCUUCCCGACUUGAACGAUUCAAGCUUGCAGAUUAAAACUAGUAAACAUUCUUCUAAAAGUAAAAAAUCUGCUUCAAAAAAGCAGUCGAGCAAGAAAGAGAGCAACAAGAGAACUGUUAUUGCCGCUGUUACAAUUGCUGCAGUCUCACUUGUUGCUGCACUUUUAUGUUUCUGCUGUUGCAGGACUGGCAAUCAACGGGGAAGAAACGAUGAGAAGCCACUUCUCUGCUUAAGCUUAAGUGACCAUUCUAUUGCCUCAUCACGGAAGUCAUUUGAUCUAGCAACUUUAAUGAAAGAAGACCAGCAAGGUAAUCAGUUAUUUCAUGGUUCACUGAACCAGAGUAAGACCAAUGGCAAGUUUUAUGCUGAUUCAGAAAUUAAGAUGCCAUUUGGUACCACUGCUGCAUCUGGCAUCAACUCAGGGAAAGAUUUCGUGCAAAUGCCGCCUGGAAUGUUAGGUAAACCAGGUUGUCCUCCUCUGAAGCCACCCCCUGGAAGGACAAAUCCUCCAAAACCACCUCUAGGCAACACAGCUCCUCCCCCAUCCCCACCUUUACCACCACCAGCACCACCUAUAAAACCUACAUCUAAUGGUCCUCAUCCUCCACCUCCUGGAGCACCUCCUCCACCUCCUAUACCCUCUAGCACAAAAACUGGUCCUCGUCCGCCUCCACCUCCAGGUGGUAUUCCUCCACCUCGACCACCUCUCAUAGGUUUGAAACCACCUCGACGUUCACCUCUUGGACCAAAUCAUGAGUCCACUUCUGCCUCAAGUGACUGGGGAGAUGGUGCGGCUUCCAAGACCAAGCUGAAGCCUUUUUUCUGGGACAAGGUAUCGGCCAACCCUGAUAAUGCAAUGGUUUGGGAUCAGAUCAAAGCUGGGUCAUUCCAGUUCAAUGAGGAGAUGAUAGAGAAUCUAUUUGGAUAUGAUCCUGCUACGAAAGUUGAAAGUAAGGGCAAGAAAGGGUCUUCAUUUCAAGAUUCCCUUCCUCAACACAUUCAAAUAAUUGAUCAAAAAAAGUCACAGAAUCUCUCUAUUUUUCUCAAAGCCUUAAAUGUGACAACGGAAGAAAUUUCUGAUGCACUUCAAGAAGGUAAUCUUGUUUCUCUGGUCCUUUCCAAAUUUUGCCACAAGUUUUGA